CCGGUAGUCAUUCGAGUACGCGCUACGCUACGAACAACAACGUUCAAAAUAUCAUCUGAGAUUUGAAAUUUUUGGUUUAAAGGUUUUUUUAGAAGCAAACCGACCAAGACCAAAGGACAUUAAAGUACAAUAAGAAUCGAUUGGAUAGUUCCGAGUCCGAGGUAGUUAAAUCUGUGCUUGAUUUGGGUGAAAGUGCGCGGGAAAUUGUUUGAAGAAAAUCAACGGACCGCGGCUGUUGUUUUGUUGGGAAGAAAUUAGUGAUUCGUGAUUUAUUGGCACCAAGGCGCAACCGAGCUAAACAUAGUCCCUCUGGGCAGCAGUAUUUACGUUAACUCGAGAACAAUAAGCAGCUGCCCACGGUCGGUACCCUACUCUGUGAGUUAGGAAUUCCGAACAACUAUUCAAAUCAAAGUCAAAGUGUGGCCAAAAAGUGUGUUCCCCAAGGAGGAGAAUAGGUGAAAAUGAAUACCGAAGAGUUUCGCGUGCACGGUAAGCGGAUGAUCGACUACAUCUGCGAUUAUGGGAGAACCAUCGAGUGCCGGGACGUGGCCCCCACGGUUGAUCCCGGGUUUCUGCGACAUCUGUUACCAGACGAGGCCCCGCAAAAGGGCGAAGACUUCAAGCGGAUGCUCGAGGACGUCGAGAAGAAGAUCAUGCCCAAUAUGGUGCACUGGAACCACCCGCGCUUUUUCGCGUACUUCCCGUCCGGCAAUUCGUACCCCUCGAUCCUCGGGGACAUGCUGAGCAGUGCGAUCGGGUCAAUUGGUUUCUCAUGGGCUUCGUCACCGGCUGCCACCGAGUUGGAAGCGAUCGUGAUGGAUUGGUACGCUAAGGCGCUAGACCUGCCGGCGUUCUUUCGCAGCGAUGCCGUUGGGAGCGUGGGCGGAGGAGUACUACAAGGAUCAGCUUCCGAAUGCGCUCUAGUUUGCAUGAUGGCAGCUCGGGCUCGGGCUAUCAAGGAGCUCAAGGGCAACAAUGCGGAUGUGCAUGACAGUGUCUACCUGCCACAGUUGGUGGCAUAUGCUUCUAAGGAAGCGCAUUCGUCGAUCGAGAAGGCUGCCAAGAUGGCGAUCGUGAAGUUGAGGGUACUCGAGACUGACCACCGCGGAGUAUUCCGAGGAAAUACACUGCAGGAAGCGAUGCAACGUGACUUGGAAUGUGGGCUGACUCCGUUUUUCGUGGUGGCAACGGUCGGAACAACGUCCGCUUGCGUGUUUGAUAAUCUUGUUGAGAUCGGCGAAGUGUGCAAAGAAGUCCCCACCAUUUGGUUCCAUGUUGAUGGAGCGUACGCAGGAAACUCCUUCAUCCUGCCGGAGAUGCGACACUUCAAGAAGGGUUUGGAGUACGCCGAUUCGUUCAACACCAAUCCCAACAAACUGCUGCUGACGAACUUUGACUGUUCGGCCAUGUGGGUCAAAGAGGUCAAACUGCUCACAUCUGCGCUAGCCGUCGAUCCGCUCUAUCUGCAGCACGAUCACAGUAGUGCCGUCGAUUAUCGCCAUUACGGUAUCCCGCUAAGUCGUCGUUUUCGGGCGUUGAAACUAUGGUUCGUUUUCCGCUCGUACGGAAUCGUAGGUCUGCAGAAGUACAUCCGGAAUCACAUCGCCCUGGCGAAGCGCUUCGAGUCUCUAGUGCUGUUGGACGAACGCUUCGAAGUGCGUAACGAUGUUAACCUUGGACUGGUUUGCUUCCGGCUCAUACACCAUGACCGGAUCAAUCGAGAUCUGCUGGCCCGUAUAAACCACUCUGGAAAGUUCCACAUGACCCCGGCGAUGGUCCGUGGCAAAUACAUCAUCCGGUUUUGUGUCACCUACGAGCACGCCACUGCCGAGCAUAUAGAUUACGCCUGGGAUGAAAUUCGCAACUUUGCCGAGGAAACCCUGGCGGCCGAGUGUUCUGCGCCAACGAUCCAGCAGAUAUCCGUCACGCCGGCCAUCAGCAAGAAACCGCCCAAGAAGCUCACCCGCAGCAUGUCCACACGAUUCUCGUUCACCCGCAGCGUAUCCCGCGAAAUCUACGAGCGACAGAACAGCCGAUCCCAGCUCACGGAUGGCGCCACCCCAAUCGUCAUCAUCGACACGGACGAGAUUCUGGAGAGUCUUCAGAGGGCCACGGCUGCGGCGGCGUCGGCGAAUUCGGCACAUUCGGACCGCGAGCGGAUACAGAAGCAGGCGGAGCUGUACGAAACCGACAGCACGGAUGAGGCUAGCAAUUGACUAGGAUCGGUGGUGGACGGCUCCCGGAAGCCACCCGUGAUCAUCAAAUCGAAGCCCGUUCAAAGCGAUGAGGAUGAGACCGAUAGUGAGGAAGACGAGGGCGACGUUGACGAAGAGGGGAGUAGUACCGAUGUCGAAGGUUCUUCGACGACAGCAACGGCGAUCUUCCGCGGCAGCCUCCGGAGGCAGUCCAAAUCCAAGAGCUGCUCUAGUAUUAGACAAAUGUGAUGAGGAUGGAUGCUAUUUAUAUAUAUACAGGCUACAUGUGCCACAAAAAAGUAUUAUUAUUCGAUAGGAAGCACUGCUAAGUUAUUUUAGGUUAAAUACAUAAGCGUUAGAAGCGCAAACUUUAAGUAUUAUGACGAGUAUACAACGAUAACCAUGACCUUUAGAAAACAGGCUUAAUUAUAGUAAAUAAUUCAAAUGUAUCUCAAAAGUGCGAAAUGCUGAAAUUUUAUGAAUAAAUGUACAUAAAUGUUAUUAUUGUA